UGCGAUCGAGCGCCUUCCGCUGGCGAAACCGUUACCAAGAGGAGGAGUCAGAAAGCUUAUAAAAGUGACUGUACCAAGAAACAAAAAUAUUCUCGAUAGAGAGAAACAGAUAAAUAGAGGGCCACGACACAGAAUAACUGUUCCAAAUCUUGCUGUAGUCUCGGCUACAUAACGGUGGAUUUUCAUUGGCCAACGUGACUCCACUGCUUCUCCACACGGGAUUCUUGACCGCGACCUUCCGUUACUGUUGUCAUAGCUAGGUCUCGAGUAGCCUAACGGAGAAACGAUUUCGCUGGAUUUGUUCUACACACGCCACAGCUCUCGGUGUUGUCCAUCGAUAGGGCUACUUUGAUAACACCUGUAAAACAGUGGUUUGGCAGCUUACGUGAAAAUGAGGUUUUCCGUUAACGGUGUCCUGUGCACGCUUGCAGUAUUGAUCCUUUGGCGAGCGGAGGAAAUAGCCGAAGCUUGCAGCUGUGCGCCCGUUCACCCGCAACAGGCGUUCUGCAACGCGGACAUAGUUAUCCGAGCCAAGGUGGUGGGAGAGAAGGAGGUGGACACUGGGAAUGACAUCUAUGGAAACCCCAUCAAGAGGAUCCAGUAUGAGGUCAAACAGAUCAAGAUGUUCAAGGGCCCUGACCAGGAUGUGGAGUCUGUGUUCACCGCGCCCGUCUCUGCCAUCUGCGGCGUCACCCUGGACACCAGCGGCAAGAAGGAGUACCUGAUCUCAGGCAAGGCGGAGGCAGGCGGCAGCAUGCACGUGACGCUGUGUGAUUACAUCAUGCUCUGGGACGCCAUGAGCCCCACCCAGAAGAAGAGCCUGAGCCAGAGAUACCAGAUGGGCUGCGACUGCAAGAUUGUGCGCUGCCCCUCCCUGCCCUGUGAGAUCUCGUCCCCUGAGGAGUGUCUCUGGACCGACAUGAUGAUUGAGAAGCAGGUGUACGGUCGCCAGGCCAACCACUAUGCCUGUGUGAAGAGGGCCGACGGUUCCUGUUCCUGGUACCGCGGCGCGGCUCCGCCCAAGAAGGAGUUCCUGGAUGUGGAGGACCCCUAGUUACUUCCUGUCCCCCUCAUGCUCGGCUGCCCUCCUCACAGCCUGAUGAAAACAAAAAAAAUAUCUUUACAACAUUCCAUGAAAUUUUAGGGGAGAAUGUAUAGUAUAUGUAUCUGAAUUGGCAAAGAUACAAGCAUAAAACUAUGAGAGAAAGCCAGUGUGACAACAUGAGAUAAAUCGUUGCUGGUCAGAGGACAAUUUCAAGCCACUGUGUUUUCGUAGCGUUAGAUUUAGCAACAUAGUGCCGUAUACUCGCAGUCCUGCUCUGGGCCUGGGCCUCUGGGACUCCACCAAUGCUCAAGGUGGAACUAAACUCGCCAGGUUCAGCCUGAUCCCGCCCCUUCAUCCUUCAUGAAUAUUCAUUUUGGAGCUUUCUCAAACACUUCAAGUGAUAAGAGAGACUGCCCAUCCUCCAUGCUAUGCCCCACAGCACCUCGACAAGCUCUCACAAGUCACACAUUUCUUCAAAAGGUUUUGACCGCUAGGGGCAAUAAGAGCCAGGAUUUACCAUUUUUAAAUGAUUUGGAAUUACAAUUAAUCGUAAUCAGGAUUGAGGAGCUGAACCAUGUGUGAGGAUCAACCAUAAAGUUUUAACUCAAAAAAGAGGGUUUUGAGUUUUAGGUGUUAGGGAUUGUUCUCUGACUGCGUAUACUGAUAUAGUCAUGAUGAGAUACAUAGACUGGUCAAGUGAUGAUGUCACUUCCUCCUGAGGCUGGCGUCAGGAGGACUGGGUCCUCGAGGAGAGAUCACUUAUGAGAUCACUUCCUCCCCUGUGAGAUCACUUCCUGAGCUCACUUCCUGCCCCUUGAGCUCACUUCCUGCCCCACAAAGCUUUUAAGUCCUCUGAACUACCCUGACAGCCCGUCUCUAGGUAGGGUCAGUGUUCUUCCACUCUGGGUUGGAGUCCAAAGCCAAAUUCCCAGUUGCCUUUUGUUGUGAUUGUCUCCUUCAAAUGAACCAAAAGGGAAAGAGAUACAAUUGAAUCUCGCUUUUUCAUAAUCGUGCUGCUUGGACCAAUCAUAUUCAUCGCAAGGCCUGACUUCCUAGAUAGUCGUAAUAAAUAUGUUUUUUAUGGUGAACGUUUUUAAAAGCUUUAUUUUCCAUUUAGUCUUACCUGAGGAACCAAAGCAUCAGAGUUGAAAGGUGAGAUGAGCAGAGUGGCUGGAGGUCACAGCUUGGUUAGGUUUGACCUUUCACCUUUGACCUUCCAGAUGUCUCACUGGACCAGUCUAUGCUGUGUGAAAGUGAUAGUAAGUCUGCCAUAUUUUAUCCUACACACGGGGUUACCAAACACCUUCCAACCAUGCCCUAUAUUAUUUCCCCCCUGACACACACAAUAUGCCCCAGCUUGUCUCACCCCAAUCUACUCUUACCCUCCCUCCGCUCCCCUCCUUCUAGAAAUGUAGCUGUACAGUACUUUUGCAUAUACUUAUGUUUUUGGUUUAAUUAUUACUAUUAUUUACUUCAUUAGGACUAGUUUUGCACUUUUCGGGGGAAGUAAAGAUGGAGACUGGAUGGAUGUGAUUAUCUGUGAUGUUUAUUAGUUAAGCUUUCCACUAGAGACCAGUCCACUAGAGGCCAGUCCACUAGAGACCAGGAGGAGAAAUACUGAGCAGUCAUUGGAUAAUUUCAACCGUUAAUUUGCAUAUUUUGAUAUUGAGUUAUUGUUAACAUUUUCAUUUCCUGUUGUAACGACAUAGCAGUUUUACCAGAAAAGGUCAUAUCUUAUUAGAUAUCUUAAGGAUUAUGGAGGUAAAUAUUUUGAUGGCUAUUUAGCAAAGGGGACUGUAUUUUAGAUUACAAAUGUCAUAACAUGUUGGAAAAUGCCAAAACAGAAGUCCUGUCUAAAGUAAAUAUAAAUAAAACAUUGAUAGUUUGUGUAACUUAAGGUUUAAUAGACAUUCCGCUUUUCUGCUUUUUCACCUGUUGAUCCUUGUGUACAUGCUGGUAUAACUAUAUCCCAAUUCCAAAUCUGACCGGCAAUAACCUAAAUCAAAAUCUAAAGACCCUUCGUGUAAUUAAAAAUUAAACCAGAGGGACGUUUACAGUGUUAUUUUGGACACUGCAAGAUACCUACAUAUGUGGCUUAUCUUAGAAAAAAACUCUUUCCAUAGCUUUCUGUAGAUUUGUAUUGUUGUAAUCAGUGUUGUAAUUGUUGUCUGAUUUCUACGUGAGUUUUCUCCUGUCUGUGUUGUUUUACUGUGCUGUUGUUAAGGCCUCUUUUGCGCCAAAGAUAUGUGGGAGGGAGAAAAAGAAAGAAAGAGAGAAAGAAAGAAAGAAAGGAAGAAAGGAAGAAAGGAAGGGGAUUGAGACAAGGAAAGGUUGCAGAGCAGAAAGUGACAAGUAUUAGGAAAAGUGCUGAUGCAUGUAUUGAUACUUUGUGUAAGUCCACAACACGGACUAAAUAUACAGUAUUAUCAAAUAAAACCAAAUUUGAGAGAUCUA